UGUGAGAGGUUUUAAAAGCGAGCGUGCGAAGUGGGUGCUCUCGGAAUUGGACUCGGCUCCUUCGCACCCUCCCCUAUUAAAGCCGCGCGAGGAAGUUUUCUUCCCCCGUCACCUCCCGCUUCGCGAACCACCCACCCGCCCGUCCGUUUCCUCGCCCCGCGCUCCUCUUCUUAACAAUGGCGGUACAGGCCCAGUACCCUUCCAGUCUCCUCUUCCACGAUAGAGGUGAGCCUGAGAGGAAGGAGAUGGACCUGCCCAGGGCGCCAAGGUUCGCCGGAGUCUCACCGGAGAUGUAUUUUCCCAGUGGAGGAGCGAGUGGGAUUAACCGGAGGAAGCGCUCGAUGGAGGCCAUGGCGCCGCCGCCGGCCAAGGAGGAGUUGGUCAAUCUGUUCACUCUCCAGCCGCAGCAGUCGACGUCGUUUGUCAACAUGGCGCAGCUCCAUAACAGGGUAUCGGCGUCCCCGUCCCGUGCGCCGGCGACACUCGUUUCCACUGGCCUUCGCCUGGCAUUGGACGAGCAGCAGCAACAGCAGGAGAGCAAACGCCUGAAAUCCUUGUGCUACUCGUCCUCGCCCACACCCUUCGUCUCGUUCUCCGACGAGCUCGCCGGACAGAUGAAGCGGCAAGAUGAGGAGCUCGACCGAUUCAUCCAAGACCAGGGUGAGCAGCUCAGGCGGGCGAUGGCCGAUCGGGUGCGGCGCCAUAAUCGGGCGCUGCUUGUGGCGGCAGAGCGAUCCGCGGCGCGCCGGCUCAGGGAGAAGGCGUUGGAGGCGGAGCGCGAGGCGCGGCGCGGCGCGGAACUCGAGGAGCGGCUAGCGCGCCUCCGCAGCGAGGCGGCUGCGUGGCAGGCAAAGGCCCUCUCGGAGCAGGCCGCUGCGGUCUCCCUGCACGCGCAGCUCCAGCAGGCUGCGGCCGCGGCGCGGGCGUCCGGCGAUGAGCUCCGUGGCGGCGAGGCGGGCCCGGCAGAGUCCUCGUCGUCCGCGUACGUCGACCCUCGCCGCACCUGCUCGGACCGCGCCUGCCUCACCUGCCACCUGAAGCCGGCCACCGUGGUUCUCCUUCCCUGCAGGCACCUCAGCCUCUGCGGCGAUUGCUUCGCCGCCGGCGAUAUGGACGUGGCCAUGGCGUGCCCCGUCUGCCAUUGCGUCCGGACAGGGGGCGUUGAGGCCAUCCUCUGUUGAGCUGUCGUCGUCUCAUCUCGGCCCUUCAUCUCGUGAGUGUCCGGUGCGCAGGCAUCAUUGCCCGUCCCAGAAAUCAUAAUUAGCGAAAACCUAGAACUUUCAUCUUCUUGUUCAUAAUUUUUCCAACUUUUUUUCACUAACGAGGAUCACUUCCUCAAAUCUCCUUUUAUAUUUGGGGUUUAGG